AUGCAGGAGAUGUGGGUUCGAUCCCUGCUCCAGGAAGAUCCCCUGGAAAAGGAAAUGGCAAUCCACUGCAGUAUUGUUACCUGGAGAAUCCCAUGGACAGGCAAGCCCAGCGUGCUGCAGUCCAUGGGGUGGCAAAGAGUUGGACGUGACUUAGCGACUGAACAACAACAAAAUUACCAUCAAGAAUUUAGUUUAUCAGUUGCACAAGUGACAGUUCAAGUGCCCACUGGACGCACAGGUAUGGAACAUUCUCCUCCUUACAUUCUAGUGGAUGGCACUGGCCUGGUGGGAGGAGAGAUGUGGCCUAAAAACUCACACUGA